GGGUUGCGGUUCGAGCCGGGGGUAGGGGGUAGUGGUCGCGCGGAACAGAUCUGCAGGCGCCCCUCGGAGCUCCAGCUGCAGGGCCGUGGCGGCUGAUUUGGUUAGGUGGGGGUUACAGGUGUCUUUACCCCCAACUAGCCCAAGAAUUCCUCUUUGUCUUCCUUGGAAAAUCCUCUCUGGAGCCACGAAUUGGCUCUCACUUAGAAAGAAUGCAGCCUGCUGUCCAGCCCGGUGACGUCAGCGCUGGAGUAUUUGGAAAACAAAGAGGGCUCGGAGGGACGGAGGGAGGCGGACCCGCGACGCUUAAAGACCUCUCCCGGCCUCGGGCUACCCUCACCGGCUCGCCCCGGGCGCACCGCCGGCCACGGGUGCUCGUAAUAGGGCGGGAGCCCUGGCCGGGUGCGAUCUGCCUUAGAGGCUGGCGGUGCUUCCUUGGGCGAGUGGGAGCCCAGGCAAAGGCCACGAUGUGUGCUUGGCUAGGAAAGCGGCUUUGAGAGCGCAGCGCGCUAGCGCAGCAGAAGGGCACGGCCGCGGUCGGAGAAGCAGAUUUCAGUAACGGCUCAGCCCUUUGGUAUCUGAAAGGACGUGCAUCUGAGGGACUUCCCAGGGACAGAUUCGUGGUGCUCUGGGGCCAGGUGCCACUGGCCAUUGUCCAGGCAGGUGUGUGCAAGCCAAACAAGCAUGAGGACGCUGGAAGACUCCUCGGGGACAGUCCUGCACCGCCUCAUCCAGGAGCAGCUGCGCUAUGGCAACCUGACCGAGACGCGCACACUGCUGGCCAUCCAGCAGCAGGCCCUGCGUGGUGGGGCUGGAGCUGGGGGCACAGGGAGCCCCCAGGCCUCCCUGGAGAUCCUGGCACCUGAGGACAGUCAGGUGCUGCAACAGGCUACGAGGCAAGAGCCCCAGGGCCAGGAGCACCAGGGCGGUGAGCCCCACCUGGCAGAGAACACCCUCUACCGGCUAUGCCCACAGCCCAGCAAGGGCGAGGAGCUGCCCACCUAUGAGGAGGCCAAAGCCCACUCACAGUACUAUGCAGCCCAGCAGGCCGGGCCGCGGCCACACGCGGGGGACCGGGAUCCUCGAGGAGCCCAGGGAGGCAGUCGGCGACAGGAUGAGGCUCUGCGGGAGCUGAGGCACGGGCAUGUGCGCUCCCUGAGUGAACGGCUCAUGCAGCUGUCCCUGGAGAGGAACGGAGCCCGGGCCCCCAGCCACAUGAGCGCCUCCCACAGCUUCCCGCAGCUGGCCCGAAGCCAGCAGGGACCCCCACCCAGGGGCCCCCCUGCUGAGGGCCCAGAGCCCCGUGGGCCCCCACCCCAGUACCCACACGUCGUGCUAGCUCAUGAGACCACCACUGCCGUCGCUGACCCGAGGUACCGUGUCCACGGCAGCCCACAUUUCCAGCAUGCUGAAGUCAGGAUCCUGCAGGCCCAGGUGCCUCCUGUGUUCCUCCAGCAGCCGCAGCACUACCAGUACCUGCAACAGCCCCAGGAGCACCCCCCAGCCCCACAUCCAGCUGCUCACAGCCAUGGCGCCCUGGGCACCCUUGGUCCACCUGGUGUGGAAGGGCCAGCGAGCGCCCAGGCCUCCUCAGCCACCUCGAGCAGUGGCCACCUGGCCCAGAUGGAGACUGUGCUGAGGGAGAAUGCCCGGCUGCAGAGGGACAAUGAGAGGCUGCAGAGGGAGCUGGAGAGCUCAGCAGAGAAGGCCAGCCGUAUUGAGAAGCUGGAAAGUGAAAUCCAGCGGCUCUCUGAGGCCCACGAGAGCCUGACAAGAGCCUCUUCCAAGCGAGAGGCCCUGGAGAAGACCAUGCGGAACAAGAUGGACAGCGAAAUGAGGAGGUUGCAGGACUUCAACCGGGAUCUUAGAGAGAGAUUGGAAUCUGCAAACCGCCGCCUGGCAAGUAAGACACAGGAGGCCCAGGCGGGCAGUCAGGACAUGGUGGCCAAGCUGCUUGCUCAGAGCUACGAGCAGCAGCAGGAGCAGGAGAGGCUGGAGCGGGAGAUGGCACUGCUGCGCGGUGCCAUCGAGGACCAGCGGCGGCGCGCCGAGCUGCUGGAACAGGCUCUGGGCAACGCGCAGGGCCGGGCGGCUCGAGCCGAGGAGGAGCUGCGCAAGAAGCAGGCCUAUGUGGAGAAGGUGGAGCGGCUGCAGCAGGCGCUGGGGCAGCUGCAGGCCGCCUGCGAGAAGCGGGAGCAGCUGGAGCUGCGUCUGCGGACGCGCCUGGAACAGGAACUCAAGGCGCUGCGUGCCCAGCAGAGACAGGCUGGCACCCCCAGUGGUGGCAGUGGCACCGUUGAGUCCCCGGAACUCAGCGCGCUGCGGCUGUCAGAGCAACUUCGGGAGAAGGAGGAGCAGAUCCUGGCACUGGAGGCCGAUAUGACCAAGUGGGAGCAGAAGUAUCUGGAGGAACGUGCCAUGAGGCAGUUUGCCAUGGACGCAGCUGCCACAGCCGCCGCCCAGCGUGACACCACGCUCAUUCGACACUCCCCCCAGCCCUCACCCAGCAGCAGCUUCAACGAGGGACUGCUCGCCGGUAGCCACAGGCAUCAGGAGAUGGAAAGCAGGUUAAAGGUGCUCCAUGCCCAGAUCCUGGAGAAGGACGCAGUGAUCAAGGUCCUUCAGCAACGCUCCAGGAAAGACCCUGGCAAGGCCACCCAGGGCUCCUUGCGGCCUGCUAAGUCAGUGCCAUCUGUCUUCGUGGCUGCAACAGCAGGACCCCAGGGCUGGCAAGGGCUCUCAGCUAGUGAGCGACAAGCAGAUGCGCCUGCUCGGCUGCCUACAGCAGACAGGGUGGCCACAGAGGAGCCAGGGGCCGCAGCUCCCCUGCCUGCCCAUGCCAAACAUGGGAGCAGAGAUGGGAGCACCCAGACCGACGGCCUGCCAGACAACACCUCUGCCUGCCUGGCCCCAGAGCCCGACAGUCUUCUGGGGUGCAGCAGUGGCCAGAAGGCAGCCUCUCUGGACUCUGUAGCUACAUCCAGAGUCCAGGAUUUACCAGACAUGGUGGAGAUACUGAUCUGAAGGAGACGGUGCUGGGGACUCUGAGCCAUUCCCUCCCCUCCUCGGGCCGCUGCCACUCUCGGCCAUUCCAGCAGCUGUUCUCCCACUUUCCCCAACCAGACUCUAGUUCCCACUGACCCGUCUGGUCCUGGGAGCUCAGGAACAGUACUGCAGGGGAGAGGAGAGCUGUGAGAGUACCAGCACCCCAGAACACUCUGCUUCUCCGCCCAUAUCCCUUCCCGGCCCGUGGAGAAUGAGGAUUCAGCCUUUACCUGUUGCCUAAGGCUUGCUGCUGGGGUAGCAACUGAAAGCUCAGAAAGGAGCUGCCCCUCGCCUCACCCGUUGGUACUCAGACAGGGAAGGAGGGGAUAUUUGGUCUGGAGGACUGACUUCCAAGGAUGGCUGCCCAUGGACACCAGGGCAGCUAAUCGAGUUCAGCAUGUUGUUCUCUGGCCAAGUACGAUCCAAGCUGACCUCACCUGCCCUUCAGUUCCUCACUGCCUCCUUGCAAUCACUAAGACUUGAAUCUCUUGGGGACUAGCGGGGGUGUGUGUUCUGCAGAAGCCACUGCCUGAUGCUCUCACUUGGUGUGGGUUAGCGGUCAUCUGAGUGGGAUACUGCGCAGUUUGUAUAUAAUUCCCCUUCUCGUGGAACAGAAGAUUGAGGCGUGCUGGUUCAGAUUCGUCUCCUCGGCUGUGCUCUCCUGUCCCUGCUGCCGCAGUUCCUGAAACUCCUGCCUGACCUCCCAGUUAUUCCUCCUUCUCAAGUUCUUGGCCCAUGGAUUUUAAUGCUGCUCGAUUCACGGGAGACUGGCUGCCUGUUCCUCCAUCUUGAGCCCUGUGUGAAAUGCCCAUGGGACCCCCAUCACCAGCCUUUUGAAAUGGCUCCACAGCUCCUGUCCCUGGGACAUCCGCCAGUUUGGUUCUAAACCCUGAGCCAGAUGAAAUGAGCCACCACACGCGGACAUCCGCCACACCCUAUGUGGGCUUGGGUGGCGCUACCCAGUACCAGUUCUCUCUGAGGAAACUGGAGAAGUUGUGUUGCUCUCAUAAGUGUUUUUGUUCCUACCGGAGGGAUUGGGAGAGGGAGCUAUGCUGUCGACAACUGGCUAAAUGACCUAGGAGAUAGGACUCAAACAGUCCCCUGAAUGGAGCCCGCAUCCCAAAAUGGCGCCCAUGAGGCUGGCUCCUCACGCCACCCAGGACCAGGGCCCUGAAGCAAGGACGGAUGUUCUGGAAUCGGGGUGAAGCGCCCACAUGGCAGCCUAUCAACAGCAGUGACUGACUUCUAGUCCUAACGAGUCCCCCGAUUUAGCCCCAGGAGCUAUUGGUGGGUUUUAGCAGUUUUGUCUUCACUGUUUUUAGAUCUCCUAGAAUCUUUGUUGUUGUUUUUAUUUUUUUCCUUUAUUGUUUUUAGGUUCUGUAUGUGUUGUUUUAUUCCCAUGGUUCCUCAAGUUUCCUUUUUUAAACAUUUGCAUUUGCUGGACAAUUGCAUAUUUUUUUAAAAUUCCCCUACCCCUGUUUAAAGCUGAAAAAUACAUUUGGUUCAUGUGCAUUGUUUACAAAGCAAAAAGAAAAAAAAAGAGAAAAAAAGGCAAAAAAUAUUGUGAAAGAAAAAAACCAACUUAAUAUAUUUUGGAUUAAUAUUUGGUAUUUCAUUUAAAGUAUUUUUUGUGCUGUGAACGUUUUCUGCCAAAGAUCUUGAUGUCCGUCUGUAUGUUUAAGUUAUCGUAAAUAUUUAAAAUGUAAACAUGGCUGUUUUGUUAUGCCACCCCGUACCAGGAUUGCUGCUGCAUUCCACUGGGUAUAACAGUAUUUUAAUAAAAAAAAAAUAAUUAAAAGUGGUGUCUUUGCA